GAAGAAAGUGGAAACUGCACGUUUACAAAGCAUACCGGUGCAAAUUCGAUUGAAUUUUGUAUUGAAAUCAGAUUAAUUACAACUAUAAAGAAGAGUGAGACCUUGGCGUCAAAAAAAAGAAAUUAGAUUAGCUUAAAAAAUAAAAAUGGUGCAUUUACCUACAUUCACAGCAAGGCAUUUAUUAACAACAGCAAAAUAUUACACCUUUCGACGUAGCAUUUCUGCGCUAUACAUAACCGGAGACAAGGCAAAAAAGAAUUAUGCUCCUCUUCAGCCAUACAUGGAUUUCGAAGGAACGCUUAACAAUUUAGCUUUCCUGGAGGAUAGUAUAAAAGCGCGAGGAUUGCAAAUAAACCUCAAUGAAAUAAAAGCAAAAUAUGAAAAAUUUAAUAGCUUGCAGAGUCAAAUAAAGCAAGUAGAGGCUGAGCGAGAUUCAGUGUCCAAUAAACUAAGAGAGAUUACUAAAGCGGGUGCUGCAACAAAAGAUGAAAUCGAGAAGCUAAAACAGAUUGGUGUGGAACUCAGAAAUCAUUUAAAAACACUUAAAACACAAAGCUACCCCAUUGAAGAAGACUUCGUACACUCAUUCUUAAGUUUGCCAAAUACUUUGCAUCCGGAAUGUCCCCAAAACAAUUUUGAAAAAUUGCUUUACCGCAGCCCUACAGCGCGCUGUGAGCAGCAACAGCCCACACAUUUGGCUAAAAAAGACUUAAUACGUUUUAUAAAAAAUGAUCGCUAUUACCUGCUAGGGACACCGGCGGAAUUCGAUGUAUACAGCAUGCAAGCUUUAACCAAUUACUUUGUGGAGAAAGGUGGUUUCAUGCAAAUGUCAAAUCCGGACUUUGUACGUCUCGUAUUACUGGAAGCAAGUGCAACACCACUAGAGCACCACCACUUAGUACAAGAGGAGGAUAAACCGAGCGAAAUUAAUCGCGCAUAUCUUACAGGUGGCGCAACAUUUGAAGGAUUCCUAGGAGCCUUUGCACGUUUAGUGGUUUAUCCAACGUCUUUGCCAUUACCGUGCGUAGCGGCUGGUAGAAGUUACGAAAUUGUGCCCAAAACCAGCGGAUUACCGGAUAGCCUUUUUACUGCCACACAAUCAAAUGCUGUACAAACGUUUGUAGCUACACGAACAGCUGAGGAAGCUUAUGAGCAGAUGGAGAAGAUAUUAAAUUUAGCUGUAGAUUUUUACAAAGAACUUCGUAUCCAUUUCCGCAUAACCUAUGCAGACGCCAGUACGUUGACGAACGCAGAAUGUUUACGUGCUAAUAUUGAAAUGUAUUCGCCAGCAGAACAGCGUUACAUUUGUGUUGGACGAGUUAGCAAUUAUAGUGAUUAUGUUUCCAAACGGAUAAUGUUUUGCAUUC